CCUCGCGGGGCUAAACCUAGGGUUUCUUAAUCUACAGCCGCCGCCGGAGGGAGCAGGGAGGGAGGGCAGCGAUGUCGGAGAAGAAGCAGCGCCCUGGCGGGGCCAGGAAGGACGAGGUGAUCACCCGCGAGUACACCAUCAACCUCCACAAGCGCCUCCACGGAUGCACCUUCAAGAAGAAGGCCCCCAACGCCAUCAAGGAGAUCAGGAAGUUUGCGCAGAAGGCGAUGGGCACCACAGAUGUCAGGGUCGAUGUGAAGCUCAACAAGCACAUCUGGAGCAGUGGUAUCCGCAGUGUGCCAAGGCGCGUCCGUGUCAGGAUUGCACGCAAGAGGAACGAUGAGGAAGAUGCCAAGGAGGAGCUCUACUCUCUUGUCACUGUCGCCGAGAUCCCCCCGGAGGGGCUAAAGGGCCUGGGCACCAAGCUUGUCGAGGACGAUGAGUAGAUCUGCCCGUGUACCUGCCUGCCUCUAUGAAAGCAAAUUUUGGUGUUUUUGAGUUUGUUAGCACUAUGUUCAAUAUCCUUAUGAGGAAACGUGCGGUGUCUCUUGAUGUCUCCAUCGCUUUCUCGGCUUGGUAUUGAACUCUUCAAGAUACCUGGGCGGUUUGUGGAUCCAGAUCGUUUGUGCAGCUAUGCUAGAUGUCUGAUGAAUAUCAUGAAUCAUGUCCCGUUUCCAUUUGAA